UUCCUUCUCACUCUUUUGCGCACACAGAAACAGUCACCUACAAACUUUCUCUCUGCGACUGUUGCUGUCUGCAAUCCCUGACUCUCAAGCACUCACUCCAAUGAACCAUUCUUCCAGAUCCACCACCGCCGUUUCCCACCAGAAUGCCCAUUCUGCCCCUCCCGAAUCCAAAAUCUCCAACCCCGCCCUUACCAUCCAAUCCGCCUUCCGCGCCCACCGCAUCCGCACCCUCUACCGCAAGAUCUCCACCGUCGAUUCCGAGGCCGACCGCCUCCAGCGCCUCAUCCAGAGGCAAGAAACCGUGGACGCGGUCCGCACCAACCCACUUCAGAAGCUCGCCAUCAACGAGUCCCUCAUGUCCCUCCUCCUCACUCUCGAUUCCGUCCCUGGAUUCGAUCCAACGGUCAGGGAAGCUCGCCGGAAGAUAACGCGCCGGAUCGUGAGCCUCCAGGAGAUCCUGGACUCCGUGUCCGAGUGCAAGUUCGAUGAAUGGGGUUGGUGGAACAGUUACGACGACGUUUUGGUGAGGAAUUGGGACCAGGUGAUUGAAGACAUGGAAGAGAGUGUUUGCAGGGAGAGAGGUGGCGAUGAUAUGGAUAAGUUCUGCGCCCAAUAUUUAGGGUUCCGCUGCCUUCAAAGGUUCCUUCGUGAACCCUGAUUUCAAUUGCCCCCUUCAACAUGUAUAAGUUACUUUGUUGCUUGUGUAUGAAUAUUUUAGUCUCUAUAAUGUACUUUAAUUAGCAAGUGUUAUAUGGUGAAAUGAACAGCAUGUAUAGAUCUGUUAAAAUACUACUAAGAUAGCAUUUGAUGAAAUUAAUACACAAUAUAUGAUGUUAUAGUUCACAAAGUACAGCAUCCUUCAACUAUUGGAUUUGCCACUGUCCCGAUUUAAGGGUGAAGAAACUUUUAUUUUCUCA